AUGCGUAAUUCCUCCCGUCGUGGUAGCGGACGAGGGGGAAGAGGCAGAAGAGGCGGCCAAAGGCGGCAGAGUCGUGGUGGUGGUCGGGGCAACUCAUCAUCCAGCCGGCCGCCGACCCCAUCCCAGAAUAUGUCGCAAGGAAAAAGCGAAGAAACACCGCACGAUGUCGAGUCGAUUGUCGUUUCCAACGUCUUCGACGCGAGCUGCGCCCACUUGAGCCGGUGCCGUGAGAAAGGCCGCCUCUUCCUUCUCCCUCUGCCCGCUGCUGCUGCUGCUGCCCAGCGCGACUUUGUCGUGGUGGAGCGCACCAUCAGUGGAAUCGAUGAAGUCAUCUAUAGCCAACACCGUGAUGUGUGGGAGCGUCUGCCGCGAGGCAAUGCGCGCGUGUACGUAAAGUCUGAUUCGCCGAACGGUACUCCCACCUACUCACUCGUGGGUGCUGCCGAUGGGCUGCGCAAGUUUGGGUGCAAAGACAGCACCUACGGUUACCCGGACGCUGUGCAGACCGUUAUUGCCAUGGAGGAGGAGAGUGGCGAGCGUGGGCACCUCUCCGCUUUCGUUCUUCCUCCCGCAAAGCCGGGAGAAACGUCGACGGAGUCUCAAGCGAGUUGUGGCGCCGCUGAUGCGGAGGAUACCUCUCGUCGUUUCUGGGUGAUUGGGAGCAAGGAUGUGCACAUUGUGCUCGACUACGCCGUUUCUGAAGAAUGCCUGCACUACUACAGCAGCCUCGGCCGCCGCUACUCGCAAGCGGUCAAGAUCUCUCGGCUUUGGAAAGCGAUGCUCCCAGCCGGUGGUGCGUCGUCCGGAUGUGGUGGUGGUGGGGGAUCUGCGCCAUCCUCUGCCAAUGCCAAUGCGCAGGCCGUGGCGUCCCGCACUAUAACACCGGCGCAGGCGUGUGCGUUUCAUGAGACCCUCUGCAAGAAGAUGUGGACGAGCUGCUUCGUGGCCAUCUUCUCGGACAGUCAACAUCUCAUGGACUACAGUGGUGGCAACGAGCUGCGGUUCUACGCGGUGACGCUUAACAAACGCGCCUUUGAGGCAGCUCGCACUGGGCGCACCGACCUUUCCGGCAACAAGGCACCAGAGCGUGACGACGGCGAUUGUCAUGAAGAAACGGCGGAUGCGCAAAAUGUGGCGCAGCAGCAUUCGCGACAGGACGGCCUCUGUAUCCCCGCGGCAGAGGCUGAGGCACUUUGCGCAGGCGUUGGACUCGGCUUCUCACGCUACAGCACUCCGGUCGUGUACGGCUCGCCCGAGUACGUGCAGCGCAUUCGCACGAUCAACCGACGCAUCGACUUGGAGGGCUGCGUCAUGUACGGCGCCGACGCAAGCGGAAAGGUGGUGCGGCUGUGGAAGGAAAAGUCAUACCCGUACGCCAUGGAGCGCGCCACGCGGGAGGCAGUCACAAACCACAGGCUCAACGGCAAUGACCUCCAGGUGUGGCUCAAGAAGAAGCUAGGCCAGCAACGGCCGGAGCUGCGAGACCACUUCAAGGAGUGGGAGGCGAACCGCAUGCCCUGGCUCCUGCACUUUGCCGCCUGGCUGCAGAUGACUCAGCGCCUCACGCCAAGCAUGCAGCGCAGCGAACUGUUCCAGCUGCGAAAGAAAUGGCUCUCUCUCCAGAAGGAGUUCCAGACCGCCAUGGACUCCGACCCGAAGCUGUACGAUGCGUGUGUGCAGUACCGACCCGAUCCGGUGCAGUGGGGCAGCGGCACGCAUGAUCUGGAUGUGAUCAAGUUCGUGGGGCCGCAAGGAUCUGGCAAGUCCACCCUGAGCCGUGCCCUCUACGUGCUACUGCAAACGUCCCAGUACCAGCCCCGUUGGGUGAAUCAGGACGAGGCAGGCAAGCGCGACAAGUUCCUCGCCUCGCUGCGGCAGGCCACGCAGGCGGAGUCGACGGUGACGCAUCUCAUAAUCGACAAGAUGAACCUGGACGCCAAGAUGAACGAGGACUACGACAAUCUACCGCUGACCUUGACGGUGACGUGGUUUCACCCCGACGGGGAAAAGGCAUUGUACGAUGUCUGUAUCGCCCGCGUGCUCGGCCGCGGGAACGCGCACCGGUCCAUCCGUAUCGACCCGACUCUGGCGCUGCCGGAGCGCGAGGCGCAGAUGAAGGUUACGCGCUCCUUUGUGCGCAAAGCGGUGCGUGACUGCGAGACGCCAAACGAUCCGCCAGAUUUGGUGCUGGAGCUGGACAUCACCUCGCCACUCAACGAUAUGGUGCGGAUGAUAUGGGAAAAGCUGCAGGCCAACGGUACACACACGUUGCCGCCUGUCACGGACGAGGACGUGAGCGAGGCGAUCAGCUUGGCUCACCAAUACGAAUCGUUCCUGCACAACUUGCCGCGUGCCCCGGCCUACGCCUCCAUCGCCAUCAAGCAGCAGCAGGAUGUAGCGAAGCUACUCAAAUUGGUGCCUCCAGAGUUCACGGCAGGGCAAGUGGUGCAGCGCGAGUUCCACGUCACGACAAAAUACUUCGGCGGUGAGAUGGACCCUGUGGCGUUUGUGGCGCUUGCCAAACUCCUCGGCCAGUCCGUUACGCUCACCUUAGAGUCUGUAGUCGCCGAUGCCGAUGGAGUGACGAUCACCGUGCGCCGCGACGACGCACACUACCCCUGCGCUAACCCCAUACCGCACAUCACCAUCUCGAACCGCGAAGGAGUUCCACCCAAGUACAGUAACGAUCUGAUAUCCCCGACCGCCUACCCGGGCGAUCCUGCGAAGAGGAAGGUGUUGCACCUGCCACCAAACUGCACUGUAAUGGGCAUCUUCGAGUUCCGAUGA